GCAUGAGUUGUCCAUGCAGGCCUCGGGCGAGCUCAUGAGGGGCCUCCUUGAAGAAGACCCCACUGAGAGCUGGGUCAUGGAGAUGUUCCACCUUCUUGAGCCAUGGCUUUCAGUUGACAAGGAGUGGGAGAGGGACAGGGCCUUGCAGGGCAGCGCCCAGCUGCUUGCCGCCUGUCGAGAGGCCGUCUACUGCAGACUGCAAGAGCCCUUCGGGAAAACCGGGUUCCUGCUGGGGCUGCUGGCGCCCUACACCUGUGCCUCUCUGGCCACAUCCCGGCUGUGGGCUGCUGACUGUAUUGCCUGCCUCCUCCCCAUACAAGUCUAA